AACAAAAUAUGAUGAAUCGAGGCACUAGGAAUAGAAGGGCCAGACCUGGGUCAAGAACCCCACUAGGGUCUUAUAAGAAUCUUCCAAAGUCAAACACAGCUAGGCUUGUUCAUAAGCCUCAAGCUAGUCCUCCCCAGCUGAGCAAGGCAGUUGGACAGAAGCUGCCAGAAAUGAAGCAAAUUGAGCCUUUGACUUCAGAAGAAAUCCUUCUGGUAAAUUUAUACAGGAAGACCACUCUUACUACAAGUUCUUGCGCUGAGAAUGGAGAUGGGCAGAAGUCGGACAAGCCCCAUAAUUCUGUCCUUGAUCAUAUCAGAGAUAUCAAGUCAGAGAUCAAUACCAUGAGCUUGAAGGAAUUAGAGCUCUUACAAAUGUCUACAUCUGGAAAGGAGAAUUCCAGAACUGAAGACCCUCUAAGUCCUCAUAAACCUCCGCUAGCCCUAGAGGAUAGCAAGGUAGAGCAUGUCAGCAUCCCUCAAGAAGGGCAGUCCAAGGCUAAAGCUACUGAAGGAAGCCUCCAGAGGGCUGAGAGCUGCCCACUAGCUUUGAGAGAUACCAACCACCUCACAAUCUACAAAUAACGCUCUUGAAGACGCUUCUGCCCAGAACACCCUUCUCCAGCACCAAAUUCUCGCUUCAAGAAGAAAGACUGCCCAGCUCACCCUCCAAAACGCUGAAAUGAAAGACGCAAUUAUUAACCUGACCGACACCCUCGACCAGCUGACCGGCGGUCAGCUGGUCGAGAGGCUCAGUUGUGACUAA